UCCAAGCUGCACGAAUAAAUAAAGCGAACCCUAACCCCUAACCCUAGAAAUCAGAAACAGAGUAUCCUCAAAUCUCAAUUUCUCAUGGCUUCAUCGAAAGUUCUAGACCUGGACUCCCUUGCCUACAUCAAUGAAAAGUUAUAUGUCCCAAGAAUUAAAAAGAUGGAUGACAUGAAUUUUGUUCCUCGGCAAUACUCCUCCAUCAAGAAGUUGAUACCUGUUGUUCUUGAUCUUAUUCAAGUCAAUUACAACACCUGGUGUUCUGUUUUCAACAAUGCUGCUCGAGAUCAUAAUCUUCUCCAUCAUAUCGAUCCAACCAUUCCUGCUCCAUCACUUGCUGAUAAAACUAUAGUCACUAGACGUAUUGGUGAUGAUGACACCAUUCCUUGGCGUCGACAAAAUGCAGUCCUUCUUACGUGGAUUUAUGCCACUAUUUCCCCCUAUUUACUUGCCCGAAUAAAAUUGCAUCGUAUUACUAGUGCUAUGGAUGCUUGGGCACAUCUCCGAGAUAUUUGUCAAGAAUAUAACACCAAUGUGAUUAAAAAGAAGAGAAGGCUGUUUCACAAGGUUAAUCUCGCUGAAGAUUAUGAUCAUGGUGUUGAUUUGAUAAGCGGUUUACCUGAUGAUGUACUGAUUCACGUGCUGAUCCUAAUGGGUGAUAUGAAAACAGCUGGGAGAACCAGCAUUCUGUCGAAGAGGUGGAAACAUGUUUGGACUCACCUCAUGGAUCUAGAUUUCAGGAACGAUCCUGAAACUAUUGCCUCUUUAAGAUUAACAUCUUAUCCCCAACCUGAAAUGGAGAAGUUUGUUGAAUGGGUUAACGGCGUGAUAAGUGCAAACCGAGCUCCAUAUCUUGAUAGCCUCAGAAUACAUAUGCCCCUCAGUACUUGUUAUGGCGCUCAUAUUCACAAUUGGGUCCAAUUUGCCUUUGCUAAAGAGGUUCACCAUUUGGAACUCAACUUUGGACCUCAUCAUUAUGGACAUCGUAAAAAUUAUCCCAGAAUCAAUUUUUCCGACAUCCUUUCCACCAAUCGUGCCUUAAUUCUCAGUACUGCACUCAAAUCUCUUCACUUGGAAACAGUGAUUAUAGAAGGACCUUUGAUCCAAUGGGUUUUAACUAAUUGUCUGAAUCUUCAACGUCUGUCGGUUCACGACUGUAGGGCUAGCACUGAUUAUUAUAAUGAUGAUGCCUCUUCAGAACACUCCCGGGAACUUGUUGUGUCAUCCCCUGAGCUGAAACACUUGGAGUUUUUCCGAAGCUUGUGGCCUCUUAACUUCCAAAUACUCCGUGUAUUUGCUCCAAAUCUUACUUCCUUUAUAAAUGGUGAGGCUAAUAUUGAUGUGGAAUAUCGUAGCAUUCCUUCACUUGUGGAUGCUACUUUUGUAGGGGCGUAUCUUCCUGAUUCAGAUACCCUAUCUGGCAUGGCUUCUCAGCUUGAAAAACUGUCAGUUAACUGGUACAAGCUCCGCUCUGCAUUUAGUGGAUUCCCGACUUUUCCUAAUCUUCAGCAAUUAGAGAUAGUUCUUUGGCAACAGGAUUAUGACCUUAUUCUAUCGACCUCCUUAAUAGAGGCAUGUCCCCUGUUGCACACAUUCAAGUUGAAGCUGAUGUAUCACGACCAGGCAAGACGAAUUUCGCCGUCCAAUCCUCAGCAAAUUGUAGCCCCGGACAAUGCUCAAGAAAAUGCAAUACGUUGCCACGAGCAACUUAAGACUGUAGAGUAUCGUGGAUAUGCUGGAUGUGCGAUUGCUGCAGAGCUUGCCAUUUGCCUCGCUCAACAUGCUCCCAAUCUUCAGAGGUUUGUUUUUUAUACUCGUCGGCCUGAGACCAUAGAAAACCCACGCGCAGUUUGGACCUCUGAAUAUGAGGAUCGAAUGAGAAUUGAGAGGAGUGUCCUAGAGGAUCUUGUGGAACGAAUUCAAGAAACCCAAAUUCGUGUUAAUGUAGUGAUCCUAUAAUUUAUCAUGGCGUUGGGGGUUGGUUAUUGUGGGAACUUUUGCUUAAUAUAACUUGUUUACUCUGCUUAGCACAACUUAAGUGUUUUUCAUAUAUUACGUGGUCCAGCUAGCAAUUUACUUAAGAUUUGAUUAUUUACGGGUUAAAAGUUAUUAUCGUCUUCUAUGGAAUAUUUGAUACAAACCUGUCUGCCUGAUGAAGAAAAAUAGUUUUGGAUUCUGUUUAAUAUACUUGUUCAACUUCAUUUCUUAUAUAUUUUCU